AUGUUUUCCUCGAGAAUCGCUUGCCACAGAACACAGUAUUUCAAACUUCUAUCGUUGCACUGGCGGUACCGGAGUACAGACUCAAGGCUGUUCGAAGGAGUACGUGCUUUCGAAGACAUUCCAGAACCUAAUGGCUGGAAGCUCGUGUUCGAUCUUUUCACGAAAACCGAGCGGUUUGCCAAAGGAUACAAACUUUUUGAGCGCCUUUUCGAAGAACUUGGACCUAUUUACAAAGAAAGCGUGCUGUUGAGUCCCAAAACCACUGUGCAUGUUAUCGAACCAGAAGAUAUCGAGAAAGUUUUCCGUUCGGAAGGAAAAUAUCCGAGGAGGCUGCAGCUAGAUAUUUGGCUUGAGUAUCGCAAACGGAGGAACUAUUUUCCAGGCCUAAUUUUAUUGUGAGUAAACUCUGCUUUCAUCUAUGUAAUAAAUAUAUUAAUAUAUAUAUUAAUAUGAUUACCGUGACAUUUACUCCUGGGCGACAGUUACGUCGCCCCUAAUGGUCGUGUUUGCCGGGGCAAGUCACGCAACUAUUCCGGGUCAGUUGAAACUCGGCUAAUUUUUGAAGAUUUAUCAAAAUAUGAUCUAAUAUUUCUUAGAAAUCGCCAUCUUGUUUCACCCACACAUUUUUAAAGUCCUCUGCGGCUUUACUUUUUCAAAUACUCGAAAUGUACUAUUAUAUAUAUUAGCGUGUGUAAAAGUAAAGCAUUAUUAUGAAUAUUCCUCGUUGACUCGCUCUACAGAGAAAACAGAUAAGCUGUUUGUCAAUGUUUAUAUAAACAAAAAUAGCAAUACAAAAUAUUUGAUAUUGAAGAUCAUCAAGGAUGUUAAUGCAUCAAGGAUAUUAAUCUUAGGAUACUUUCUUCUGCCUUGCUCGCUGUACUCGGGUGAACUUAACUGACUUCACAAUCUUGAUAAUAUGCAAAUUUAUCGAGUAGGGCCCAGAGGGGGUCUUGAACUAGUCACGAUCAUCAUCUCAGACUGCUUCGAAAAGGUGCAAGAACACAAAAUAUAGCGCAGGUAAAAUGUGUUUGUUAUAUUGUUUAUUUUUCUCUGCAGUAAGGUAAACCGUAAAGUCUUGUUUUCACCAGAGUUGGGGUCAUAAAUCAGAAGUGUAGAACUUCACGACCUGGUGAAAACAGCGUUCUUAUUCCGCUUACGAAUCCUGUCCAAACGUAAAUGGAACGGUUCGGCCAGGUGAAAAUUUUCCAGUCAAAGUGGUCCACCUCCAGAGGUGGUCCUCUGAAAUAAAAGUACGGUCAACAGUCAAACUUCGCUUUACGGACACCCACUUAAUACGGACAACUCAUUAUUACGGUCAGUCUGCUCUGUCGCUGGGCAAAGGAAGCCCCUUUGUUACAGACACCCCGUUAUUACGGACACUUUAGUUGGCCCCCUCGGUGUCCGUAUUAACGAGGUUUGACUGUAAUCUUCAUUGCUCUACUUUUGUUUUUAACAGAGACGGGGAAGAGUGGAACAGAGUGCGGCAAAAAAUUGCCCCCAAAAUGAUGCGCCCAAAAAUUGUCGAGGAAAAUAUUGCUAACUUUAACGCUGUAAGCAAGGAUGCUGUGGCGAGGUUAGCUAAAUUGUACGACGCUUCUGAGCAAAAUGAUUAUAUGCCCGACUUAGAAAAAGAGGUGAAUCGAUGGUCCUUGGAAGGUGAGCUAAUUAUAGCAAUGUUAGUGCAAUGGACGACAUUUGAAUGAAUAUUAAGAGUCCAUCUUCAUCAUCAUGAUCAUCAUCAUCGUCGUCAUCGUCGUCGUCGCCUUCUUCAAUAUCAUCAUCAUCAUAAUAAUAAAAACCAUUAUUAUCAUCAUUGUCAUCAUCAUCAUCAUUAUCGUCAUCAUCGUCGUCAUCAAUAUCAUAAUAAUAAUAACAAUCAUUAUUAUCUUCAUUGUCAUCAUCAUCAUCAUCAUCGUCAUCAUCGUUGUCGCCACCACCAUCACAAUUACCACUACCAUCGUCAUCAUCAUCAUCUUCAUCAUCAUCUGCUUCAUCGUCGUCAUCAAUAUCAUAAUAAUAAUAAUAAUAAUAAUAACAAUAAUAAUAACAAUCAUUAUUAUCUUCAUUAUCAUCAUCAUCGUUGUCGUCGCUGUCGCCACGACCACCACAAUUACCUCUACCAUGAUCAUCAUCAUCAUCGUCGUCAUCGUCAUCAACAUCGUCACCGUCAUCACAAUCAUCGUCAUCGCUGUCGUCGUCGUUGGCGCUACCAUCACCACAAUUACGUCGACCAUCAUCAUCAUCAUCGUUAUUUUUAUUUUUCUAGGUAUUGGAACAGUGGCAUUUGAUAGUCGGUUUGGAUUGUAUGAAGACACGCCACCUCAGGAAGCACUAGAUUUUACAAAGGCGGUCAACGACUUUUUCGAACUUAGCCAACAGCUGUUAUACAGUAUACUUAACCGAGUUGCUUUGAAGUAUAUCGACACACCAAAGUAUAAAAAGUUCUCUAAGAAUUAUGACACUAUCCUGGAAAUUGGACAGAGGUUUGUUGAAAAGAAGAUGAGGGAAGUGAAAGAAAUGACAGAGAAAGGAAUUGAUCUCGCCGACGCUCAAGGUGUGUAAAUAGGGAGCUUUGGCAUCGACGACGGCAAGGGCAGCGAAAACGUCAGUUUUAAAAGGAAUUCCCGUUUUUGCAAUCUUUGUCGCGUUUAUUCCAAUUUGCUGAAAAUGGCAAGUGUUGGCGAAUUUCCCUAGAGUUGAUUUCUUGAGGACCGCACUCAAGUUUAGAGAGAGAGAAAGAGAUUCGUCGUCGCUUGUUUACGUCCUCCAUAAAACUUGCAAUUAGGCAUUUUCACGUCGUAGUCGUGCAAGGACGGUAAAGAAAUGUACAAAAAAGCACGAUGCACGUACAAAGUUGUUGUUUUGCGUAAUAAACCUAUUGUUUUUUUUUUGACGUCCUCGUCGCUAAAGCUCCCUAAAUAUAGAGGCUGGUUAUUGUGUACUUUACAAAAUUCCUUUUUCUUGUAAAAUACAGAAAUACACAUGAUGCCAUAUAGAAGUCAAUAUCUUUUUACGUGACUUAAACGAUACUUAAAGUAACUAUAAUUAUAAUAAUAAUAGUAAUUGUUCGUAGUUAGUUGUGACGCGUGACUAUUUUUAUCGCUUACAUCAAUCCCCACUGUAAAAUUGACCAAUCGGUUACUCCGUUUCUGGGCUGACGGAGGGUCUGUUUACUACAAAAGAGUCCCCAGUCCGUCUUUUCUCGUCUGGUCCCAAUCCCUUAUUAUUACAUAACGUGGUGGUUUGCAUUCGCGCUGGCUGAGAUAAGAACUAGAUGGAUUUUAAGAGAAAAGGCGGACUGCAGGGAGUCCAGACUGGGAAAAGUAUCAAAUUUAUCGAGGGGGCAGAGAGAAGGGUUUAGAUAGGGUCAGAUGUACGCCCCUAUGCCCGCCCUCUGGGUACAUUAAACCAAAAUGGCCGCCAGUUGCAAUUUAUAUAAGCGCUGGAUCUCGACGAUUUUACUGGUAAUUGGGGUUCUGUAAACAGUCUUCUCUCCAUGUAGUUGUGCCACUGUUGACAUAUUUGCUGAUGAAGGAAGACAACACUCCCGAUGAGGUCAACGCAAUUGCAAUUGAUGUUGUGUUUGCAGGCGUCGACACGGUAAGCAUUAAUUAAUUAAUUGAUAAUAAUUACUAAUUUAUGAGUAAAGUAUUUUCAUUUACUCCUCUUUUCUAACUUGAACAAACAGCUACAAAUCGAAGUGAAUUAAAUAUUGAAACAAAACAGGACUCCUGUUAACUCCUUUUCUAUAGACGUCAUCUGCUACUCUCUGGUGGCUGUACAAUUUGGCACGAUUUCCUGACGUUCAAGAAAAGCUGUACCAAGAGAUAGACAGUGUUUUGGGGAAGGAUGAUGACGUCUUACCGUCGCACCUCGCCAAACUACGCUAUCUCAAAGCGUGUCUCAAGGAGUCCAUGAGGUAAACGCUUAUUGCUUGACCAUGACUGGUUAACUCAAUAAGCUUCAAUAGGGAACAGAAGUGAUGACGUCACAAAAACUAAAUUUGUGAAAUUAUGGUAUAGGUUGGCAUAUCCUGAAAGAGCGAGAUGAAAAAUGUCCACUUCCGUUAUGUUGUGAUGACUCCAUUUAAAUCCUUCGAAAAUGGGCCUAGAUCGUAAGCGUUGUGAUCCAAGCUAUUUUUACAAGGAUUUGGAUGGAGUCAUCUAAACAUAACGGUGCUAAUAUCUUCCCACUAAUUUGCAGUAACAAAAUAACAGGCGGAUUUUUACGAAGUGGACAUUUUGCAUCUUGUCCUUUCUGGAUAUGCCAACCUAUGACAUAAUUUCACAAAUUUAGUUUUUGUGACGUCACACUUCUCUUCUCAAUAGGUCACUGUGAAAGAUACCAUAAUUAAUGUUCGACUCAGUGCCGUUUGGGGUAACACCCCAUGCAAGCCUCUUUUUUUCUGUGCACGAACUGCACUGGCAAUGCAAAGGCUUCUUGAAAAGUUGCAUACGCAAUGCAUUACAACCGAAUACAGCAGUGCUAACACCAGCUAAAUUGCAGUUGAGCUCUUGUUUCGUUUGGGGCCCGGAGCAUGCCUGCCAUUUACUUAAGAAGAAUUGAGCUUAAAGGAUAUAUCUUAAUCCCCCCAAAAGUUACGCUCUAACACAAGUGGUCUGAAAUCCUAUUUAUGGGUAAACAGUCACACCGUAUCCAAAGUUUAAACGGUCCGUUGGCUCGAUAUAACUGUAGCCUUCCUUUAUCUUCUAAGGGCCACGCUGAACUUCCACAUCUUGCUUCUUUACAUUCAAGGUUAAACCCAACUUUUCCAGUCAUGUCAAGGAUUUUGGAAGAAGAUGUUGUUUUAUCUGGAUACAAUGUUCCCGCAAAAGUAAGUAACAAGAACCACUUUAAUUUCCUAAGUGCUGUCUUAGUUUCUAUGGUAACAAGAGGGCGUGGAGGUCGUUAAGCAAUCUGUGCAUUGCUUCUACCUUGGGUCUGGAUUCUGUUCCGGUAGACAAAUUUCUGGGUCGAAUUUGUUCGGAAGACGAUAAGUGUAUAAAUUAACUCUUUAAACACUAAGAUCAAAAUAUGAAUUCUCUUUUGUCGCCCCUAUUCAUUUCCUACAGACGUUGUGGGGAGAAGUCGAUAAAAUAUCAAGCAAAUUCAUCUUGGGUGAUCAUGUUCGUAAUUCUCAUGACCACUCUGUUUAACAAAGCAUCGAUAUUACAAGGAGAAAUUUUGAUGCUGAUCACUCUUAGGGCUUAAAGGGUUAAAGGGGCUACAUCAUGCUAUUUGCUAUAUUUUUACUAAGCUAAGGCGAGUCCUCGCAUCAAUUGAAUUCCAAAAAGGCACAAUUUUAUUAUUUAAGACUACACGUUAUGUAGGCGUCGAAACUGUUUCCUGUUGUCUGUUUCCUCGGAUGACGGGAAUGGAAAUGCAUUAAACCUUUUAAGUGGGGUAACAUUUUGAAUUUUAAUGCUAGGCCUGCAAAUAUCACCAAAAAAUUUAUUAUUGUUGGUGCUCCCUGAUGAAAAUUGUUUCAUAUCUUCUUCAUAACUCUGGAGGAGAAUGUUGGGUAUGGGGAAGGGCACUAAAGGUGCUAUGUCAACCCUAUGUUAAAGCGUUAAACAACUUGGUAUAGGGGCACCUUUCUCGAAAGGCUCGCGAUCGGUACCUUAUUUUGUGUUAUCUGCAAAAUCAGUUUUGAAACCUCGAUCUUGAAUGUGAAAACAACAGCUUUUCAGGCGAAACUUUCAAGCAACGGGCCCUUGUGGUUGACAUGCAUAAAAGAAUUGCACUGACAUAGAAACAGACCAUUUCCGAGUUCCCCCGGGCCUCUGUAUCAAAACGAGGUUAAGUGGUCAGCUUUUGAUAUGGAAGUGAUAUUUCAUUCUCAUGCAAAUAAAACCCAUGUUCACAAGAAAGGUUCUGCACUUGGCCUCAUUUUGAAAGUGAGGGUUUUUUGAAUCUGUCUUGGCUGACUCUCUCCCUCCACCGAAAUACAAGCAACCAAUCAAUCAAGCAAACAAACCAAUAAAGACAAAAAAUAAACAAACAAUAUUUCGUCCUCUUAAAACCAUUCUAGAUCUAAGAUGCCACACCUUAGUGAGUGGGAACUGAGGGCUAAUCUCCUCUGACUAAUUUAAGUAAAAAUAUUUCUUCACUCACUGUUGUAAAUAUUGCAGUUUCAAUCUAUAAAAAUACACAGUUGGCGCCCAGGCUUGGGUAAAUAAAGCGAAGAAACUAUUCUGAGUUUCAAGGAUGAAUAACUGUACAUUUCUUUUGUUUUAUACUCUUAAGUCGCGGAGCCGAAUAUUAAUAUUUCAAAAUUGGUCUAUUAACUCUCAAAGACUUUGGUAGUAUUGGAGUUUUACGCCACAACUCGCUCAGACAAGUACUUCAAAGAUCCUUUGGACUUCAAACCAGAGCGCUGGCUUAGAGAAAGUAAAGAGGCUCAUCCCUUUUCUCACUUGCAGUUCGGAUAUGGACCACGCAUGUGCGUCGGUAAGAAGCUU